AUGCGUGCGGAAAAUGAUUAUGUGAUCGUUGAAGGUCAUAUGUUGUUAGAAAUGAGUUCCAUAUAUCAACUAUUCUCCUUCAUUUUUUUUACUACAGGAAGGUAUGACAUUUGCUUGAAAUACCGAAGGAAACGCAACUAUGGUUUCGAUGAUGAGCCCAGAUAUUUCGAUCAAGUAGUUUGGCCUUCAUAUCGUCGACAUUUGUUUAAUGCGUUAGCUUUGGCUCGUGAUUGCAUUAUGCAUAUUCGUUUCAUCGAUAGUACUCUGUUUGAUUUUUCCAAUCGAAGUACCAUUAAAGAGAUUCUAUUUACCACUUCUAUCAAUUUAUUAAGUAUUCAAAAAACAAUUAUUGAUAUAAAUUUGGCCUUGAAAUUCGUCAGUGCACCAUCAAAUGGAGGCAUUUCGAUUUUUAUCGGUACGACAAGAAAUACUUUUAACGGAAAAAAUGUUGUGCGGCUUGAGUACGAGGCAUAUGAUGAGAUGUCUUAUAAAGAAUUACAUAGACUAUGUGGAAAUGCCCGGUUAAAAUUUCCUAGUGUGGAUCGGCUAGCAAUUAUUCAUCGAAUUGGUGGAGAAUUUAUACUCCAUUUUAGUGAAGUUCCUGUCGGAGAAAUAUCUGUUGUUAUUGCUGCGAGUGCACCUCACAGACACGAUGCAGUUGGAGCUACCAAAUUCGCUACUGACGAAUUUAAAUUGACUGUUCCUAUAUGGAAAAAAGUAGGAUUUUUUUUGCCAUUCUAA